UUGGGGUUCAGGUUUCGCAGCCCCAUACAGCGUCACGUUUAUUUGCCCAUAGAAAGUGAAAGAAAUAGUUUUGAAACCAUGGCUGACGGCGAAGACACACUCUUCAGUAAAAUCAUUCGCAAGGAAAUCCCUGCAAAAAUAUGUUAUGAAGACGAGCAGUGCGUAGCAUUUCAUGACAUUGCACCUCAAGCCCCAACACACUUUCUAGUGGUUCCCAGGAAACCGAUUGCUCAGCUUUCAAAAGCUGAGGAAGCUGAUGCAGCUCUUCUUGGACACUUAAUGAUCGUGGCGAAGAAGUGUGCGGAGGAGAUGGGUCUCUCUAAGGGAUACCGGCUGGUUUUGAAUGACGGGCCCCAUGGUGGACAAGAAGUUUACCACAUUCACAUCCAUGUUCUCGGAGGCCGUCAGAUGGGCUGGCCCCCUGGUUAACCUUACGGACCAGAAAACAUCCACAUGCAAAAAACAUGGCUGGGCAUGCUUUCCUGGCUGGUCUCAGUGCUGGAUUAAAACCAUUGGCUAAGCAGCUGUGCAAAGGACCGCUGCUGGUCUUUUCAAUAGAUUGCUAUUUUGCAGCACUUCAAAUAUUAUUUACUAUCCAAUUUUGACUACAUAAUUUAAUUAGAAUUCUUAUAUUAUUUACACACAUAACUGAAACAUGACUUUUAUAAUGUCAAGUAACAUACAAAGCAAAGCACCCAAUGGGAAUACAGCUGACACCUAAACCAGCUAGGAAACAGAAUGCAAUAUGCGCUCAAUCUUCUUCAUAUAGAUUACUACUGGUACUCACUGUUAGUAUUGCUUCAGCGUCUGUUUGCUACUGGAAACAAAUAAUAACAAUAAAAAACAUUAAAAAGUG